AUGCUUCUGUCGAUUCCGCAGAGUGGUAGAUUUUACGAUGCUGCAAGCUCCAUGAACGCAGCCCCAUGUAUUGUAUAUCAGUUAGCAGGCCCACAGGGCGUCACUAAUCUACCAUAUGUGUUGAACUUCCCAACGUUACCACCACCAGCCCGAGAAGACUGCGCCAUAACCGCCAUGGCACAAGAUUUGAGACAGAAAAGCGAUCGAGUGACCGAGACCACCGCACACAAGUGA